UUGCCAACUAAUAUUUAGCUUUGACUUUUAUUUGUUUUGUUCAUUACUUAUAUGCUUAAGUUUUAACCAAAAAAAAAAAGCAAAUCUUCAAAGAAAAAAACUCCGUGUAUAAACUUUUCUCGAUCAUUUUUGCAGUCUCUCUCCCAACCAAUCCCAUUCUGCUCGACUCUCAUUGUUGCAGAGGUUUAGGAAGAAAGGAAUGGUUCGAUCGUGACUUUGAAUUGGGAUAUUGUGUGUAAAAUGUGGGUGCCUACAUUGAGCUCAAGCUCAUGUUCAAGUGAUGAGAGGGAUGAGAGCAGUGGAGAAGCCGCGCUUACGCCGGUUUAUCUCAAUGUCUAUGAUCUAACGCCUGUCAACAAUUACCUUUAUUGGUUUGGGAUUGGCAUUUUCCAUUCUGGUAUUGAGGCUCAUAAUUUGGAAUAUUGCUAUGGAGCUCACGAGUAUCCAACAAGUGGGGUAUAUGAGGUGGAACCUAGGAACUGUCCAGGGUUCAUCUUUAGACGGUCGGUUUUACUGGGAACUACCAGCAUGUCCCGUUCAGAUUUCCGCUCAUACAUGGAGAAGCUUUCAAGAAAGUACCAUGGUGACACUUACCAUUUGAUUGCCAAGAACUGUAACCAUUUCACUGAAGAAGUAUGCUUGCAGCUAACAGGAAAGCCUAUUCCAGGAUGGAUUAAUCGGCUGGCCCGAGUAGGUUCCUUCUGUAAUUGUCUUCUGCCAGAAAGCAUUCAGCUUACAGCUGUUAGUGCUCUUCCCGAACGCCUUGAAUUCUCCGAUGAGGAUGAAUCAAACUCAGAGGCAUCUUCUGUGUCAGAUGAAGAAGGAUCAGAGCAGCAUCUCAUAAAUGUAGCAGACAGAGAGAUUGUGUAUCUACAAAACAAACCAGUGCGACUUACCAGAGAGGAGAUCCCCUGAGAAACCAACCAGCGACGACAAUGUACUUCCUCCUGAAUCAACCCAACCAAUCAUCAAAACUUGCAGAGUGUGGUGUGCCCAUGGAAGCUGAAAGGGAGUAAGUUAUAUAUCUCGUUUUGUCACCUUAGUGCUGCGUUGGUUCUGUCGGAAAUUCGAUUUGGUAUUCUUCUCAUCAUUUUAGGAAUGUAAAAACGGAUUCCCGGAUUCAUUUUAAUCAGACAACCCUUUGGCAGUAAAAAUCUAAAGAUUUCUCCAUAUUUUCCAUAUCUAGUUACCCCGGUUCUACCCAUAAGGCCAUAACCAUAUCGAAAGAGCUAUCAAGCUGUUUAUCGUUUGUAAUAAAUUUUAAAAACAAAUCGUAAUUAAAGUUAUUAAAAGAAAGAAACCACAAAUCAGUUACUAGGGCAAAAAAAC